CGCGCCAAAUUUUCUACAUCAAACCAUGUGAAACAAGGCCAAUUCUAUAUUAAUUUAGUAGCAGUUUACAACUUAGAUCCCGUAACAAUUCUUAUUUAUUUAUUUAUUUAUUAUUUUUUAAUCUAGUACCCACUUCUCAAAUUGAAUUCAACUUCUACCACUAGAGAUCUAUAAUUUGACUCCAAUUCCUAUAUAAGCCAAUGUACGUUAGCUCACAACGAAGCACACACAUCGCGUCCUAAGUAAAUAAGUUAAAGAGAGCUAACACCAUGGAGAUUACGCAAUCUAAGAGGGAUCACCACUUCUCGGCAAAGCGCUUCUUCCUGAAGAGCCAGGGGAAGCCGCAGACGGCGGCGGAGGCGAUCGAGAAGCUCCACGGGGGGCGGGUGGUGUCGCGGGAGGAAGAGAACGGGGUGGUGCGCGUGAAGAUCGUCGUGAGCAAGAAGGAGCUGAAGCAGAUGUUGGCCGGCAUAAGCGGCAUCGAGAACACGGCCCGCGGUCACCAAACGGGGGGCGGCGCCUCCGCGCCGCAGUCCCUGGAGCAGCUGAGGCACGUCCUGCGGCGGCGGCGCGCGAAGAAGCUGGAGGAAGGCGCGAAGGGACUCCGCGGGGAAUGGCAACCGCAGCUGCAGAGCAUCCCUGAGGAGAUUUAGGAGAGAAUCCUCUUUCGCUUAUUAGUAGUUAACAUGGUUUUGAUCUACAUUUGUACAGUUUUGAGAGGGGUUCACUAGUUUGUCCUCCGUGAGAUUUGAGGGAUAUAACAAAUUUAGUAGCGUCUCCUAAUCUCCCAUUGUGUAAAGUGAUUAUUAAUUGGUACCAGGCAGUGCUGAUCUUUUUUGCACUCCUGAUGAUUUAAAGUAACGUGCAGUUUUUUUUUUUUGGAACUUCUUGUUUUUGGAGGUGAAGUGUUCUAUGGGAAAGUAAUUAGCCCAGAGGCCAGAGGUAUAAUCAAAUCACUUGGAGAAUGGAUUUUUUUUUUCUUUUUCUGUUUUCA